AUGAAAGUUGUACUGUUCAACCUCAUCUUGGUUAGUGCAGUGUGCGGCUCACCGAGGUUGGACCCUCUAGUGAAUACAAAGAAGGGCCUGAUCCGCGGUCUGCAGGCGUCCGAUGGGGACUACUCCAUGUUCUUGGGCAUUCCCUACGCGAGGGUUAACGACAGCAAUCCGUUCGGGCCGUCUGUACCAUACCCCGAUUUCGACGAUGUCUUCGAGGCCUACGACGACUCUGCAGUAUGUCCGCAAGCCGAAGUGUUCACGAAGCAAAUAAUAGGAACCCUAGACUGCCUACACCUCAACAUAUACGUCCCCAACAAGGCCUCAACCUGGAACCGCCUUCCAGUCCUCGUUUGGGUAUACGGCGGCGGUUUUAGGAAUGGUUUCGCCAAACGCUCCGUAUACGGGCCUAAGUAUUUAGUCAGAAACGAUGUAAUUCUAGUCACGCUCAACUAUCGACUGGGUCCAUACGGUUUCAUGUGUCUGGACACACCAGACAUACCCGGCAAUCAAGGCCUGAAGGACCAGCUGAGCGCUCUGCGCUGGGUGAAAGAAAACAUCGAAGCAUUCGGAGGGGAUGUCAACAAGGUGACGAUGAUCGGGGAGAGCGCUGGAGGGGCUUCCGUUGACUUCCAUCUCCAUUCAGCGCAGGAGAAAUUGUUUGAUAAAGUUAUAAUGCAGAGCGGAACAACUCUGUGUCCGUGGGCGAUGGCAGAAGCCGACACAAGAGCUCCAAUGGCAAUUGCCAAACACCUUGGCUUCGAAGCUGAAGACAACGCUGACGCCUUGACCUUCCUAUCGACUGUCGAACCGAAGCUGGUGACAGGCGCGGCGGUACAGCUCUCUCUAACGUUCCGUCCAUGCGCUGAAAAGGACUUCGACGGCGUGGAGAAAUUCGUGGGGGAACACCCUAUCAAUAGCCAAAUACCAAAAGCUAAAGAUAUUAAAAUUCUCAUCGGCCACAAUAACCGGGAGAUGCUUCAUAUUUAUGCAAAAAAAACAUUAGAUAGUGCAGAAGGUUUUUAUGUGUUUAAGAAACAUUUGGAGACGAGUUUCCAUUUGAGAAACGAAGAUGACCUAGUGGCACUGGUACGUCAGUUCUACGUCGGCGACAAAGACUUCGGCGAGAACUUAAAAUGGGAUCUGAUGGACUUUGAAUCCGAUUUUAGAUUUAACCAUCCAGUACAUAGAAGCAUACAGAAGUAUCUAGAUAACGCUGCAACGGUCUACCACUAUGUGUUCUCAUAUUCAGGUGGCAGAAAUUUGAACAAGAUUAAAAGGAACAUAACCGAAAACGGUGCCGCGCACGCUGAUGAAAUUGGAUAUAUCUUCGAUGUAUCAACCUUGUCGGAAACUACGACGGAAGACGACCAGUUCGUCAUCGACAGAAUUACAACGUUGUGGACUAAUUUCGUGAAAUAUGGAGACCCCACUCCCGACACAUCGGAACUGUUGCCGGUGAAAUGGUCGCCAGUAGAGAAGGACGUCUUACAUUACCUGGACAUAGACAGAGAACUGACAAUGAAGAGGAGACCGUUCCACAACCGGAUGGCUUUCUGGGAUCUGUUCUAUAAGAUGAACCAUAAGUUGUUGUUCGGGUACAAAGAAGAUUAA